AUGAAAGUCAUAUCAUCUUGUUCUUUUCAAAGGUCUCAUCCACCAGAGCCACAAGAUUUGAGGAACGAAACUGUUUUAUCUCAACGUUCUUCUGGUUAUCAAUCCCACCAACAAUAUCGUCCAAAAAGUUGUAUUUUAAAACAUAACGUAUCUAAUGCAUGGGAUAACUACUUAUUAGAUGUUAAAUUCGAUUUUAAUUAUCAUACAUUACGUUCAAUAUUUUCCGAAAUUAUACCAACAAUUCUAGUUACACUCUUCAAUAUUGGCAUUAUUCUGCGUGUUAUCAAAGCAUCAUGUCAACUUCGACUCGAUAUUCCACGCACAAUAAAAGUUGCCAUCGAAGAUUCAUCGCUAGAGGAAAAUACCAGUACUACUCAAAAUUUUGAAAAAUGUAUUGCUUAUAAUCGACCAAAAACAUCGGGGAUGAACAUUGUACUUAUUCUUCACAGUUGUCUAUUUUUUUUCUCAUCGUUAACGCAUACUAUUGUACAUUUGUUUACGAAUGAUGCUUUUCUAACUCAUUCGGUAUCAGUUAUUAUUCUUGCAAAUUGUUCAUUAAAUUUUUAUUUCUAUUGUUUAGGUGGUAAAACAUUUCGAAAUGAAACUUUACGUUUAUUCAAUCAAUAUUUUCAAUAUUGUUUUAGUAUGGAAUUUUUGAAUAUAUUCCGUACAAAAUCACAACGUGCUGCAGCUGGUCGAAAAACACAGAUGAAUUUAAUUCAAUCUCGUAGCUUGAUGGCAUAUAAAACAAGAUCUAAAUAG